GUAAAGUCCGAACCGACGGCGACACUUGCCGCCAGUGUCCGGAUUGCGUCGAGGACGUUGACAUCUGUCAAUUGAUACGGAAAUCGAUCUAUAUCGAUUUGAAUUUUCCGAAUAAUGUAGAAUUUUGGCGGGAAGUGCGUGUUGUGUUAAAGUUUUUUUUUCAAACUUAACAGUGAAGGUGGUAUCGGUGUUUUCAACAAGUGACAUGGAAUAAUGGUGGAUUCCACGUAAUAAAUUAAUCAGUGCAUAUUUACAACAAAUUGACGUUGAAGACAGUUUAUUAUUACUGAAAGUGCAUGAGGAUGCGAGCCGGUGUGUGGUGCGUGGCGGCGCUUGCGCUGCUCGCCGUCACCAGCGCCUUGAGGACCUCUCAGGUGGAAGGUGUUUCGAGGAGUAGAAGGUUGCAAGCACCAUCAGCUCCAGAUAGCAAUAAUGUAGCUGAAACUGGACCUUCGGAAAAUAUACAACCUACUUUCAGGCCAAGAAAUAGUAGGCGACGCGAAGAAACUCCUCAGAAAGAUGUCGUCCGCACUAGGACUAGAUCGAGGCCCGAGGUUGUUCCAACUCCUGAACAACCUCAAGCACCAAAAAACGAACGAUUCGAUGUGAGAAGAACUCGAACGCGCAGUCAACCAACUGUCACUGAAUCUACUAACAAGGAUGCUUCACUAACAAGAGAGCCUGUGACAAGGUCAAGAUCGAGAGGAGGUAGUAGACGACCGACAGCAGCACCUGCACCCACUCCAGCACCUGUAGACUUGACUUCUCCAAACAUUGAUGAAAGCAAAAUCGAAGUAAUCAAUUCUAAUCUUGAUGAUAUAACAAAAAUCCCUAAAGAAGACACGGCUACUACUCAAUUUAGACGUAGAACCCCUGUAGUUCAAACAACUGAAAAGGUCACGCCUAAAAGAUCACGUGGACGUGGCAGUACUCGUGCCAAUGCGCGAUCAUUAGAUCUUGAUGUAUCAGGAACUACCAAUACUUUGAAUGUUGCUGAAAAAGCACCAACUACAGCUAGAACUGCCCAACAACCAGAUUUGAGAAACGCUAGAAAACUCCGGUAUAAACCUCGACCUUCAGAGACUGAUACGAAUUUAACAGGUGAAGGGCUCGUUACAGCUAACGAAGUCAUUAAGUCUAGUCAGAAUAAAGAGAGUAUCACUAGUCAAGCAGAAAUUCAAACUGCCGCUCCAACCGCUGUCGAAACUAUUGUUCAACACAUUACAGAAGCAAACAAACCUAAAUCUACAACGCUGAAGGUUACAAAGGUGGUAAGACGACCCAUAGGGAGAGGGAAGGUGAACUUUAGACCAUCUGUGUCUUUGCCAAAAGUCCCAGUUUCCGAUGAAAUAGCCGAAGAUGACAACUAUCCAGAAAGUUUUAAGGCUUUAAUACAGGCUAAGAAUGCAUCGACACAGGCGAGCUCUCCAACCGAAGAGAGUUUAUCACUGAAAGCAUCACAAAAAGUUUACAAAACCUACCCUGCAUCAUCACAGUCAACACUAACUGGACCUGGCACAAACAAAUAUUCACGGUUUCGUAACAAACAAGCAGCAGCGGAGGAGUUAAAAAACGAGAACAAAGAAGACAUUAAAGGAGUUGAAACAACUGUAGCUCCUGAGGUGUCGAAACCUAGGAAUUCAGAAUACAAGCCGAGAGGAACUUAUUCUGCUAGAGCCAGAAAAUCUACAUCAAGCCCUUCCUCAACAACAGCCAGUACUGUUUCAGGCCAAAGUACUGAGAAACCAGCAUACAAAUACAGCAGAAAAUUUAAAGCACCUAGUACUGAAUCACCUAAAGCCGAAGAUAAAAGCAAACCGGUUGAAAUAAGUAGCAAUUUAAAAAAGGCCUUUGUGCGACCUCCAGUUUAUUCCAGAAAAUUUAAAGGAAAAUCCUCUACCGAAGCUUCGUCCACGGAAAGUGUGAAGUUUGAAAACCCAAGUUUGACGAAGAAAACAGUUCUGCCUCGCACAUCGUAUUAUUCAAGACUAAGAAAUAAUGUCAAAAAUGAAGUAUCGUCGACCACAGAAGCAGUUGUUGAAGUUACACCUGAAUCUGAACCGAAAACAACUGUGGAAACCGUUGACGCUCCACUAGUUAUCGCUUUACUGAAUAAUUCGGAGGAUAGAAAAACUGCGAGGAUAGACGAUCAACAAGAAAAUAAUGACAACCUCAUGUUUCUCAUAUCAGUUACCAGUAAAGAGUCCUUGGAAAAUAACACAAAUAACGACGUAAUAAAUACGCCAGAAGAAACAGAAAACAUGCAUAUUUUGAAUGUUUCCCCAUCUGCUUCGUCAAGACUAGACAGUGAUAAAUACAAAUAUCACGCUAAUUUCAAAGAUCAAAAUUCAACCAAUGAAAUCGAGAAAGAAAAAGGGUCUUCCACUGUAUUUCCUCCUGUGAGAAAUCUACAAACAAGAAAGUAUGGACGUGGUCGAGUCAAAUCUAAAGAUGGUAAAUCAGAUGUUGUUGUGACUUCUCCGAAACCUAGAGAAAGAAGUAUAAGAAAGUUCAGCGAAUCCUUCUCUAAGACGACUGAGGCCUCAACUAAUGGGAUAACGCCUGAACCUGAUAAAUCUAAGAGUAGGUUCAGUUCUAAAUACAGAGCUUCGUAUCUCGAUAAACCAUUUUACAAACCCACUGUACCUUCCAUUACAUCAUCAACUGUUGAGGGAGAAGAGAUACAAUUAGGGCCAGACCUGAACGCUAUUUCCUUUACUCAAACACGAAGGACACUGUCCUCGGCAGACCUAAGACUGUCCGAGAGUCUGGUGAAGCCGCCCCACGUGAUGAACGUUGAGGCGUCACACCACUCGCCGUCAGUUACAGUAUCUAUAUUUGAUGCUUUAGCUGAAAUACUCACGUCCACACCCAGACCACGAAUAUCGACAACAACCGAAGUAACGAAAAUACAAAAACUUAAUACUGACGUUAAACAAAUACUCGACGGCGUGAGUAGCAACAAUAAUGUAAAUAGUGUCCAAGACUUAGCGGGUCAGGACACAUUUAUGUCGACCAACGCCGAUGUAAGCACUACUACUAAAUCUGUACAGCCCACUGUUCAAGGCACACCAAAUGUGAUUAACAGUAUUUUGGUCGGGGGAACUGUUACACAGUCACUAAACACAGAAGACGGAAGUAAAACUCCUGUGAAUACACCACAACCCACUACUCCCACUCCCACUCCCACAACUCCCAUUUCCGCAAGGAAACCAUUUGCCAUUAGAGUGCUAUACUCUGAAACAGAACCGCCAAAAGACAAAACCACGACUGCAUCCACACCAACUCAGGGAUCGACUGACAGCCCGAAAAUGGUAUAUAACACUGUGUCUGAUCUUUUGUUGUCCAAUAACAAUUUAGUAUCUUCUGAACUAACUAGCAUGUUGUCAAAUAACAUUAUAAAUAUCAUAGAGAACAUGGAUGAAAAUAGUAGAUCGAAACUAAAGAGUUUAGAUAUGGCUAAAGUAUUAAAAAGUUUGAUCCCUAGAGCUUUAGGUGGACUUGCGACUGUACUUGACAAUGCAGAUUCAAUCCCGAACACCACGCCUUAUAGUUUGGAGGAUAUUAAGGAUACUGCUAAUAUUGUUAUUGAUGGUGUAGAGUACAAUAAUUCCCUCCAAAGUGUAAGCACUGGCGGUAAUGUAAAUAUCACUGUAGAUAAUAGAAAUGUACCCAUUAGUGUCACACAAAAUCCUACUACUGUAAAUAAUCCUGUUACACCGGGAGCUGUAGAAAGCACAAGGUCUGUAUCUAGUAGCCAGGGGACGACAGCUGCUCCAACUUCUACGACAACCGCUCGUGCAGUACAAACUACAUCCGCUGCAACACCAACCACAGUGGCUGCUACGUCUCCUGUCUCCUCAGAGACGGCCUCAUUAAAUGUAAAUACUGUAAGUGAUAUACCAAGUGACUCUACUAACAAGAUUAUUCCUUUACCUUUUCUCACAAACUUCCAAAGUCUUGACUUCACUGUUGAUGAUUCUGAUAAUCUACACAGUGCUGCAACUACAUCUCUUCUGAAACCCUUAAGUCUAUCCUAUGUAUCUUCAUCUGUAUCACCACCACCGCGUGAUAUUGGCGAAAUACAAGAUCCUAGUCAAGUAUCGCGGUUACAAUUAUGGGUACUAUCAAAGAAAGCUAGAGUAUUGAAGAUGAUUGAAGACAUUAUAAGACAACACAAUGAUGAGUUAGCAACACUACCGCCAUUGACUGAUUUUGUUAGCCCAUCUGGCAAUAUCAACUUGUCGGAACGUUUGACAAACAUCAUGAAUACUAUGAUAGCUUCGACUGAAACUGUGACGACUCGUGACAUUGAAACUACCUCUCCUAUGACUACCCCAUCCUUUGUUAUCAAUCCUCUUUCUACCAAUGUGUUCGAAACAACUACUACAGCCAACCCCCCAACUGUCCUUACGACCACAACGGAGGCAGUAUCAUCAAGUAGUGUGCCAUCUACUAGUGAGACUGUCUCUAUAUCUUCACGUUCGGGUCGUACCCAAGCAAUCGAUGGCACAACGGGUUCGUCUUCUGUCACUACUACAGUUACAACUGAUACUAGUGAGACGAUCAAUGAUGUUACAAGUACCAUGCCGACAUCAACUACAGAACAAAAGGUCGAAAUAUUAAGUCGAAUUCAAGAGGCUGCUAUCACAAGUACAACGAUUGCUAAUUCAGAAACAAUGGAAACUACAACAGUAGUAGCUGACACCGAGACAACGACACAAAAUGUAGAAACGACUACAUUCAACAUAGACACCACUACCUCCACCGACGUAUCAGACAGCAACACUUCACAAACAACAGUUAGUACCUUGAAUGUUGGAACAUCAACUAUUCCGAAAAAAGACUAUGUCAUAUUCGGAAUAUUACCUAACAAUACAGUGGUACGUAAAAAUCCUAACGAAGACAUAUUGGAACAAUUAACAGAGGCGAGCCCAUAUAUCGUUUACGGUGUACUACCCAAUAACACAGUAAUACGUAAAUUCCCGAACGGGACCAGAGUGCCACGAGUCAUGCAAAAAAUUGACAUUCUGCCAAUCAGCCCGUGGAGUUUAAGAAAUCCAUACAGCCCCAUCCAUAAUAAUCCGGCCAUUGUCAGACCGCAGCCUAACCCCAUCCGAGAAUCCACUAAUACUGCGACAUCCACAGACACAUCAAAUAACGGAACGGAAAGAUUAACCAACGACACUGUAAAUAACCAACAACGGAUGAUUACUCCAUCGGCACUUAAUAUUAAAAGCAGUAACGGUAUAACUACCACCAUUAUGCCAGAAAAAAGCACUGCCUCGCAUGUAUUGAGUUUACGCACAACUACAAUGCUACCUUCUAUUGAUGAGAUUCUGCUUAAUAGUAUAUCUUCGGCCGCUAUACAGGAGAUGGUCAUAUCGGAAAUGACGAGCUCUACUCGCGAACCAAGAAUAUUAACACUGGAUAUUGAUCCGGAGACGAAACAAAUACGUACGGAAAAGCCAGGGGAAGGUGAUGGAAGUGCCGUAUUUAAAUUCAUACCAAUUGACGAAGUUACGGUACCACCGCAAAAUUCAAACGUACUGAAACUGGCCUCAACUAAAACACCACCAUCGACUAUUUCCGUACAAACUGAGAUACAAACCAUGUCGACUUCGUCAGUGACUGAGAUGAGUACGCAGACACCACAAAUACAAACACAAGAAACAACAAUGACUGAAGCAACAACAACUCAGAGAACAACAAUUAUGCCUGAAAUAACGGUUAUGUCGUCUGCAUUCACAAAUGCCCCCGUAACUGUGCCAACUACCACGAGCCAGCCGACUACUUUACCUCCUACGACUACUACUACGCCCGCACCUACCACUACGACGAUGGAGCCAACAACGACAACGACACCUAUGCCAACGACAACAACACCAGCGCCAACAACGACAACAACAACAACGACUACUACUACAACUACUCCAGCUCCAACAACUACUACAGCGGCGCCAACGACAACACAGGCACCAACAACAGCACAGGCUACAACGGUAGUUCAAUCCACUACUAUUAGUGUAGAAGAAGAGUUAAGGAGGUAUCGAGAAGAUGUCCAAUUACUACAAACAUUACUGCAAGCUACGGGUCGUGAUCCAAAGAAUCUUAAUGUAAAUACAUUAUCACUAAGUGACCUAAUUACUACAUUAAGACCCACAACUACAUCUACAGCACCUACUACAACUAGGCCACCUACAACAACUAGGCCACCUACAACAACUAGGCCACCUACAACAACUAGGCCACCUACAACAACUAGGCCAACUACAACAACUAGAGCACCAACGACAACUCAAACCACUGAUCCUGUAAAGCUAUUGCAGGCAUUGUUUACAAAUCCAAUCAAUCCAACAACAUUGUCUAUUCCAAAUCUGGGUGGCAACUUACGAGUAUCAACAGGUCAACAAGCAACCACAACAACACGAUCUAUAGAAGAAGACAUUAAACAGUUUGAGGAGGAUACAAAAUUAUUACAAGCGCUUUUACAGGCUACUGGACAAAACCCUGCUUCUCUAAACAUACCCGCAUUAGAUAGUCUAACAACCGUAAGAAUCCCAACUACACAAACAACUAAUAUUCCAACUACAACAGCUAUACCAACAACAACCACAACAACAACAACAACUACUACUACUACUACAGUUAGACCAACAACGACAACAACUAGGCCGACGACAACCAGUAGGCCAUCAACAACACAAAACAUUGAAGACGAUAUCAAACAAUUCCAAGAAGACACGAAACUUUUACAGGCUCUGUUACAGGCGACUGGUCAAAAUCCAAGUACUUUAAAUAUUCCAGUAAUAUCUGGUGUGACAUCAAACGUGAGGAUAGCUUCUAAUCCUCAAACGACAUCGUUGGGAUCAAACCCAACAACACCGUUGAAUGUUAGGCCCGUGUUUGCAACAACUAAUGGUCCAGUAUUCCAAACAUUUGCUCCUAGAACUCUUACAACUACGUUACAGCCUGUGACUGAUGUUGGGAUUUCCACGACUUUCACGCCUUUCAAUCGAGAAAGGCUGACGACAACAAUAAGGAGUGCUCCAACAACACUUACUGGUCGACGGGCUCCAUUCACUGGAUUUACUUCAACUACAGAAAUGCCUAGUUCUUCUACGUUCUCUGUUGAAGAGGAUUUGGCUUUCUUGAAGAACUUGAAAACAGUGCUGAAAACAAACCCUAACAAUGAAGAUCCUGAAGCAGCUCUAGCGAAUCGUAUCAUAGCACUAGCUGUAGAACGGAGUCUCAAUGAUAUACAAACGGGAACUGGCGAAACAGUCCGCACAGGAAAAAAUAUAGCUGUCAGUGGAAACAACUUGAUACCUUCAACAAACAGACCAGCAACCACAACUACCACACCGCCACCAACAACAACAACAACAACGACUACUACUACGACAACUACAACAACACCACGUCCAACAACAACGACACAAAGACUAACAACCACACAGAGACCAACAACUUCUGUCAAUGGACCAUCUAUUGAAGAUGAUAUUAGACAAUUCCAAGAAGACACUAAGCUACUUCAAGCACUACUAAAAGCCACUGGACAAGAUCCAUCCAAACUCAAUUUGCCUACACUACCAAACUUAAAUGUGAGUCCUAAUCUGCCAAAUGGUGUUAGUGAUGAUCUGAAACUGCUAUCAAAUCUACUAGCUUCGCCAUCACCGUUGAACGAACCGUUCGAUUCGCUAACGCCGAAGCCAACUAUUAACUCUAAUGUUAAGGAAGUAAAGUCUAAAACAGCUUUGCCCUAUGGAGCAAAAAUAGCUGUUAAGGAUAGUUUGAAAAGUGAUCAAGAUGAUGAGAAGUUGUUACAAACUUUGAUCAAAUUACAGGGCGCACAGGAGACUACGACUCAAAGGAGUAAACUUACUAUCACUGGACAAUCUUCAGACGAAGCCCUUAAGAAACUGAUUCAGCAGACUCAACCGACGGGAAUGGUGUCCGAAGCAACGCGAGCGCCUAUCUCUCUUAGCACCGAGUAUGGCAAGAGCAACGACGCGUUGCUGGCAGCUUUGCUGAAGGAGCAAGGUUUCGGUCCAACCACGGCAAGUUCUUUGGAUGAGCAACUUCGACUCGCUGCUUUACUCAACCAAGUGGUAGUGACGCCGAAAGCAAGACGGACGACGACGCCGCCUCCUCCACCACCAGCACCUCGGAGGCCAAUUUUAGACGGAUUGGCCUGGCUCUGGCAACAGUGGAGGGAGACUGCUCCGGGAUCAGGAGCGCCAAGGCCAAACAGAAGGCCUGAGCCCGCGCCCUCGCCCAGGCCCGCCCCAACAGUGUCGUCAGCACCGACGAGCAAUAGGGGCAACUGGUUUGGCUCUGGGCCCUUCGUUGGCAACGCUGAUGAUAGACCAGGAAAUAGAAUACCCCUGGAGCCGCCUAGAGCCGUGACGGCUCAGCAAGAACCUGGACGAGGUCAGCUUGUGUCAGCAGCCAUUAAUGUCACCAGAGCCUUCUCACAGUUCUUAGGAGCUGCGAUACAGGGUGCUGCCCAAACCGUCCAGAGUGUGAUCCGGGCCGGUCAGCGAGCUGCAACGGAUGUCUACAUGAACGGAUCCGGUGGUUCUGGAUAACCGUACCUCAAAAGAGACUCCAAUGCGGACUCAAAACUUUUGCGAAAGUGUCAUAGUACGCACUAUGUGUUGCAAGUGCUCAAAUGUAUAUAGUCGGUUGUAAUUUUUUAUAGUUAUUUCGUAGUGUUGAUAUGAAAAUGUAUUUGAAUUGUUCGAUAAAGUCCUCUCGUAAAUAGGGAUUCGAAUAUAUCAAGUUGCUUUUUCUUUUUAAUUUAUUAUCUUAUUUACAAAACAGGAAUUAGAGAUUAUUGUUUGAUUUAAAAAGUAUUACUGAUAUCAAUUGGAAUACCACUAUCAAAUAUUAGAACUACAAGCUAUAAGUGUCUUGAUAUGUUUCAAUACAACUUGAUCCCUUAAAAGUUCCUAAACAGAGGUAUUGAACGUUUUCAAUCAAUGUCUACGAAUUAAAACCAUAAGGACUUUUUGUAAAAUACUUAAAUAAUACGUAAUGUUAAGUUAAUGACAAAACAAGCAAAACAUCUGUUAGGUUUGUAACCUAAACGUCUGAAUCUAGACUUAGGCAAACAAUGUGAUGUUAGCACUACUUUAGAUUAUAUUAUUUAAUUUUAUAAUAAUUAUCUCUUCAACUUUCUACCUAUGAUUUCACUACAUGACAAACGAUUUUUAAUGUAAGAAGCCUUAAUGGUUUGUGAUACAAAUGUAUGACUAGGUUUCGAUGACAUUCACUUUUGUCAUUAACGUUGAGGUGAUAAACAAUAAAUAUUAAUCUCUUCAAUUUAUUACGCUUAGCAAUUUAUAGGGUUUGACUUUUGGUAGCUUUUACAUGCUAUGGUUAUAUGUAUUUUUAUUGUAAAGGUGACUCUUUGUACUUAAAUUUAUACAAAUAAUACUCAAAAAGUUGACAAAAUAACAAAAUAUCUAAUAUCUCAUUAUUUGCGACUACAAAUUGAAUCAAAGUUAAUAUCUUCUCGUGUUAUAUAAAAAUACAACUAUAAUAUUUCUAUUUUAAUUCAAUAAAUACUAUCAAUCAUAAAACUUUAAUCCUUUGUCAUAUUUAGACAAUGUAAUAUGAUGAGCAUAAUUAAUCAAAUGUCAUAUUGAAUAUGACAGUUGAUUUUAUUUAGACGUGUUUAGUUUGUAAGUGUCUUUGUAAUCUUAAGCCUAACAUGUGCCAUUUGCACGUGCUUGAUGUACUCGCUUCAUUCUUCAGCUUUUAUUUAUUUAUUUAAGAAAAUCUUUGUUCUACAUUCGUAUGAGAAUGUUACACAGAUUUGGGAAUCAUAGUCAGGCCAAUAGUAGUUUGGUUACUACACAAUAAAAUAACUUAUAAGAAACGAAAUUUUAAAUAAACGGUAUCGGUCGUUGAUAUUGAAAAAGGCUCUCUCAAGCAGCAUUUAAUAAACGAAAUAAAAUUCAAGUAAUGAAAUUAAAUUUCUCAGUGUUUUUAUUUUUUUUAUGUAAAUAUAAUUUUUUGCGCUAUUGUAAUGGCUGUCAUAAAAUGCUUAAAAAAAUAUGUUUUAAUUGUGAUUUCAUAAUUAAAAGAAAGUAGAGCUAAUAAUUGUUUGUAGCUAUAUUGCAGUAAGGCUGUAUCUAAACCUACUAACAAACCUGACUUGUAAAACUGGAGAUGUUUUAAUUUACGAUAACCGAGACGUAUAGCUUGCACUGCCUUUAGUUGUAAAAUUAAUAUUUAGUAAGGAUCGGGUACUGUAGAAUUAUUGCUGCUAGACAAUUUUACAAUCGCUUUUCUAAUUUACUUGCAGUAAAAACUAUUUUUGUAUCAUAUAAAAUCAUCUGCAGGCCUUUGCCCUGCAGCGGGACGAUCACGCCUAAAAAUAAAACAAAUAUAUAAAGAAAUCCUUUAAAAAUUGUGAUUUUGGUAAAGUUUCGCUCUGUAUUUCAUUUUUAUAUUGCAGUCUCGUUUUAUAUAAGGUAAAAUGAUAAAGACAGGCAAGAUUUACUGAGCGUUAAUAAUCAUUAAUCAAUAAUUAUAAAUAAACAAUUUAAUCGUUAGUAACCCAUUGUAAAAUUGGAAAAGCACUGAAUAUAUUAAUGUACCAGUAAAAUUAACGAUCACUGCCAAGUUUUGGACUUAUUAAUUUUAGAUUCGGAUGUUUUUUAUACGUUUUAUAAUAAACAAAUAUGGGUGUAAAAUAAUGGCUUAUCAAAACAGUAGCCAUGACACCUUAGGUGCACUUUAUGUAUCAUUUAUGUAGUUAAAACGCUAUUGUAACUAAUAGACUUAUUCCUAAAAUUAUUAGCUUGAUGCUAACUACCUACUAUUUAAUUUUAACACAUCGAAUUUAUUACGCCUUAACUAGAAUCUGGGCUUCGUAAUCAAAUGUAUAAUAUCUUUGGGGAGGAUAAUA